GGCGUGGCGAGUGUUGGUGGAGCGGGGCGGCGCUGUGCGGCUCCGAGGCAUGGCUCACAACAAGAUCCCGCCGCGGUGGCUCAACUGUCCCCGGCGCGGCCAGCCGGUGGCAGGAAGAUUCUUACCUCUGAAGACAAUGUUAGGACCAAGAUAUGAUAGUCAAGUUGCUGAAGAAAAUCGGUUCUAUCCCAGUAUGCUCUCAAAUUAUCUAAAGAGUUUGAAGGUUAAAAUGGGCUUGCUGGUGGAUUUGACAAAUACUUCAAGGUUCUAUGACAGAAACGACAUAGAAAAAGAAGGAAUCAAAUAUAUAAAACUUCAGUGUAAAGGACAUGGUGAGUGCCCUACAACUGAGAAUACCGAGACAUUCAUUCGUCUGUGUGAGUGGUUUAAUGAAAGAAACCCACUUGAACUUAUAGGUGUUCAUUGUACCCAUGGCUUCAAUCGUACCAGUUUCCUCAUAUGUGCCUUUUUGGUGGAGAAAAUGGGUUGGAGUAUUGAAGCAGCAGUUGCCACUUUUGCUCAAGCAGAACCUGGGUCAAGUGCCUCCUUUGGCAAAAGGAGAAAAGAACAGUUAAAACUGGGUGCUAUUUUCUUAGAAGGUAUAACGGUUAAAGGUGUAACUCAAGUAACAACUCAACCGAAGUUAGGAGAAGUACAGCAGAAGUGUCGUCAAUUCUGUGGCUGGGAAGGGUCUGGAUUCCCUGGAGCACAGCCUGUUUCCAUGGACAAGCAAAAUAUUAAACUUUUAGAGCAGAAUCCAUAUAAAGUAAGCUGGAAAGCAGAUGGUACUCGGUAUAUGAUGUUGAUUGGUGGCACAAAUGAAGUUUUUAUGAUUGAUAGAGAUAAUUCAGUGUUCCGUGUUUCAAAUCUGGAAUUCCCAUUUCGUAAAGAUCUCCGUAUACAUUUAUCAAAUACUCUGUUGGAUGGGGAAAUGAUUAUUGAUAAAGUAAAUGGACAGGCUGUACCUAGAUAUUUGAUUUACGACAUAAUUAAAUUCAAUGCACAACCAGUUGGAGAUUGUGACUUUAAUGUUCGUCUUCGGUGUAUAGAACGAGAAAUAAUAAAUCCUCGACAUGAAAAAAUGAAGACUGGGCUCAUUGACAAAACACAGGAACCAUUUAGUGUCAGAAAUAAGCCAUUUUUUGACAUUUGUACUUCAAGAAAGCUACUUGAAGGAAAUUUUGCGAAAGAAGUUAGCCAUGAAAUGGAUGGACUUAUUUUUCAGCCUACUGGAAAAUACAAACCUGGUCGAUGUGAUGAUAUUUUAAAAUAGAAGCCUCCCAGUCUGAAUUCUGUGGAUUUUCCCCUAAAGAUAACAAGAAUGGGAGGAGAAGGGUUGCUUCCUCAGAAUGCUGGACUUCUUUAUGUUGGAGGUUAUGAAAGACCCUUUGCACAAGUCAAGGUGACAAAAGACCUAAAACAGUAUGACAACAAAAUUAUAGAAUGCAAAUUUGAGAACAACAGCUGGGUCUUCAUGAGACAGAGAACAGACAAAAGUUUUCCUAAUGCCUACAACACUGCCAUGGCUGUGUGCAGCAGCCUCGCAAACCCCGUCACCAAGGGGAUUCUGUUUGAGUUCAUUGACAGAUGUGCAGCUUCUCAGGGACAGAAACGAAAGCAUCAUCUGCAUCCUGACACGGAGCUCAUGCCUCCACCACCUCCCAAAAGACCGCGCCCUUCGACCGAGACCUAAGUCCCGCCUCUGACUUCAGAAUCCAGAGGAGAGAUGAAUGAGGAAAAAUGCUGUCGCCCCAUUUGCAGCCAGAGAAAUUCAACGAACAAUGUGGCUUGAUGUUGCUACACAUUUGAAUUUUUUUUUU